GAGGUCACAGACUUACAUUAUACAUAUAUAUAUGCCUGCUGCUGCAGGAAAGCCGUUAAAGCAUGCCAUCUCCUUACAGACGACAUUGGACCUGGCUAUCUAUGUCUGCACGACAUGGCAACCCUGCAGCUUGGAAGGACGUAAGGCUGCGGGGUUCCGUCCGCGUCCACAGGAAGAUCGAUGCGCUCCUGAACAAAAUCGCCGCGAAGCAGGAUGUGUUUAGAGAGCUUGGCGCGGUGAAGAGGGCUGUGGCUGCUGUUUCAGCGCUUGUGGUGGAGCAGCGGGGAGUACCACCAAGGACAACGCAGACGCAGAUGCAGACGCACACGGAUGUUUUCGAGGCGGAGGGGCGGAGGGAGCUUUGUGGGGUGAGGGAGGAUGUUGCGUGUUGCAGGCGUGAGGUUGCUGCUGUUCGGGCUGUGAUGGUCAAUCAGUGGGUGAGGGCGUUGUCUGGGUUGAUUGUAAGGAUUCCACCACGGGAUCCGGCGUGUGGUGGUGGUGGUGGUGGUGAUGGUUCUUGGGAGGAUGACUUCCCGGCGACAGUGAGGGACUUUUGGAAGCUGGGGAGGAUUGAGAAAAGUAUGCUUGUGCUUAUCUAUAUGUGCUAUUUUCCUCGGUUAUUCUACAUGUUUUAUUGUCUUGUUUUCUUCCCGCCUUACAGAUCAUGGAGUGGAGUGGAGAUACGAUACCCUCAUGCGCCUAGCGGAAUCCUACACUACCCACAUCCCGUGCUAGCAAGACUAGCGACGCAUUGAACGCGACGGAUCCCAGUCUCGUUCAGUUCCUCACGAUACGAGAUGCUGCGUCCGAGUAUCCGAUGCGGUGUCUACGGGCCCUGGCGGCGGUCUGGGGCCUAGCCUUCGACCUCCUUGAGCGGCCACCGGAUCUUGUCGUCAUACUGGCGAAGUUUCACGGCGAAAUUGACUGGAUGGUGGUUUUCCCGCUCCCAUACGAUCUCGUGGGAUAUUGGAGUGUAGAGGAUCCGACUUGUAUGUUUCAUGUUGAUGUGAGAUAUAGAGAGACACCGGGGGGAGGAAGGGAAUAUUCAACCGCUCGAAUUCCAGCCAACGGACGAUAAUGUUAAUACAUAUGAAUUAGAAGAUCAAUGCUUUUUCUGAUAGAUGAAUGAAUGAACGGUGGGAAAUUGACAAAUAAAUAUGUCCAUUGGCCGCUAAGAAGAAAGAAAAAAUAGAUAAGUAAUAAAAUAAAAAGUCCAAUAAAUAGUAAGAGAAAUAAAAAUGAAAAGGAAAAAGGAAACUUGCUAUGCAGCUCUAUACAGGAAACAAGCAACGAACAUAAGGAGGAGAGGAAAGGGAAAAAAUAAAACUGGAAAAGAGCACAAUCCCAUCAGGCCAAUUAGACGACGAACGAGAACCCAGUACAUUACCCAGAAACCGCUCACAUUCACGCCAUUUUAAUUAUCAAGCCCAAAACUCCAGACACGAAAAAGGGGCCCACU